AUGGUUCGACUUCUCGACGAGGACAAUGGCCCGGAGAACGUGACCGUCCUCUCGAAAGCGUGCGAGCUCGGUCUCGUGGAUGUGGUGACGCUCCUGCUGGAAACGACACCGUACGCCACCAUCCCCAAGUACUUGAUCUGUCCGCUUCGGGAAGCCGCGAGCAACAAUCGCGUCGCCAUCCUCAAGCUACUGCUUGCGAAGCUCCCCGACAUGGACGUCACGGCCAAGCUACUCGACGAAGUGCAGGAAACGCCCGUUGAUGAGCCGGGAACGGCCUCGCAAGGCCCGAAGAAGGAGACAAAGAAGCCGAAGACACCACUCGCUGGCGGCACGGCACUGCAUUUCGCGGCGUGGGGCGGCCACAACGAAGUGCUUACGCUGCUUCUCCCGUAUUUCACCAACGUGGACGUGGAAGACAAUGUCGGUGAGACACCGUUGCACGUCGCGGCCAAGCGCGGCCAGGCCCUCGCCGUGAAGCGGCUACUCAGUAGCGGGGCGAACGUCAACGCGCGUACCAAGCAAAUGGAGUCGCCAUUGCAUUUUGCCGCCGAGUCGUCCAACACCAACGUGGUGGACCUCCUCCUCUGCGCCAAUGCGGUGGUCGAUUUGAAAAGCGCGAACGGCCAGACACCGCUUCAGGUCGCGCGUGCUGACAGUAUCCGACUGCUCUUGGACCGCGAAACGCGGCUCCGCGACACGUACCGCGGGCACUGCCUCGCCCGCGCCGGCGACCUUGCGCGCGUGGACCACUGGAUCGGCAGUCUGCUCGGCCAGCACUUUGAGCACUUCAAAUGGGUGCACAUCGAUGGCUCGUUCAUCGACCUUUCGGUCGUGCCCGACGUGUCGCUCCAGACGUAUCUGGUGGCAGGUGACGCCAGCGACGGACGACCCGUCAUUGGCACAUGGCGCCGCGCAGACAACAUGCUCGAGCUCUUUGUGCGCAACACGACGUACAACGGUGUCGUGGAUCUUGACGCGAGUACGUGGAAAGGUGUGAGCGCGACGACGCCGCCUCUGCACUACACGGUGCCGACGUGGCUCUGCGUGGUCUGCAAAGAAGCUCACGUGUCCAACCACGAAGCGCCCUGCUUGGCGUGCGUCGAGACGCAGGGUAGCAACGACAUUGUUGCAGCGUAUCGCCAGCGCAUCCAGGACGCCGCCGACCACGUUACAAAAGCGCUCAGCGAGCCUGAAUUUGACGGUCAAACAGUCGUCAUGUAUGCGGCCAAGUAUGGUCAUUUGAACCUCCUGCGCCGAUUCCUGCCGUACUGCACCGAGUCGCUGCUUCGGAUGACGGACAUUAACCAACAAACAGCCAUGGAUCUCUUGGCAAAAGGCGCGUUUACGUGUACGACCAAGGCCGCGGACGCGCACAACGAGGCGUUGGUGAGCGUCCUCGCGGAGCUCUGUCGCAUCGCCAAGACGCCGCUGGACCCGGCCCGCCUGUCGCACGUGGAUCGUCAAGGCGAUGCGCGACUGCAGUGCUGCGGUAGUCAAAUGGGUCGCGUGGACGAGUGGCUCGCGGAGCUUGCCGAAUCCAAGCAGUGGGAUGACCUCAAGGCGCACUUUCUGAGCAUCCCGCGGGGCCAGCUCUUGGUCGAUGACCAGACGCCAGCGGGCCGCAAAGUGUGGCACCACGUCUGCGUGCAAGGGCGACUAGACAUCCUCGGGCUUCUUCUCCAGCAGCCGUCGUGCAAUGUACAACUGGUCUCACCCAUCUCGAAUGAAACUAUGCUCUACCUUGCGGCCAAGCACCGUCGUGUCAAGUGCGUCGAGCGACUGCUACGCGCCGGCGCGGACCCCGAAACGUUCCACGAAUACCUGUCCGAUGCGAGCCUUGCUUGGCCAUCGUCCCACUGCAAACAACUCAUUACGGACAAACAAGCCGUCAAGAAGUUCCAUAGUGCUUUCUACACGGCCAACGUGCCCAACAUGGAGGCCGUCAACGAGCUCAAAAAGGCGAAGCGGUCGGCACUGCACGCAGCCAUCGUAUACGAGCAGCCCCCGAGCGUGAUUCUUGCGCUCUUGGCGCAGGUCUCGCCGCAGAUCAACGGAACCGAUCGCAACGGUGACACGGCGUUGAUGCUAGCCGCGCGUCUUGGACAAACGGAAGCCGUCAACUGCCUUCUGAACGUCAACGCCAAAGUCAACAUCAAAAACGAGAACCGCGAGACAGCGCUUUUCCUUGCCGCGCUCGGGGGCACGUGGAGAUUGUCAAAAAACGGCACGACGUUGACAAAGGCGCUGGCGGUGGCCGUCAUGGAUACCAAGCAGCACGAGAAGCGGAACGCCUUCCUUAUGAUCCAAUCGCUGCUUGAGAGCGCGGUGCAGCAGCGCGGGUCGCCCGAGUUUCGCAAAUACCUUCUCUCCCAACUCGUCUUGAAAGACACGGACGAGGCGUUCUCGAAGCAGGCCUUCCGCAAGGCGAUCACGUGUGCGCCCGCACUCGGCCGCAUUUUUCUCAACGACUGCGUCGAAUUGCACCGCCACGACGUGAGUUUCAGCCAGCUCGAACAUGUGUACGGUUCGACGGCCGACGGCAGUGCGCUGCAUGCGAUUCUGCACCUCCAGUCGGUCAACCCCGAGCUGCUUUUGGAGGCCAAAACCGAGUGCUUGGAACAUAUUGUCAUGGUGCGCAUGCUCCAAAUCAAGUGGGAGCUGUUUGCCGAGCGCAAGUACAUUGAGCAGUUGCUCAUGAACGUGCUUUUGCUCAUCACGAUGACGACGUCGGCGCUGCUCUUCGACGAGUCGAGUAUCGCGGCCAACACGGGCCCGAUGCUUCUCGGAACGUUCGUUUUUGUCAACACGAUCGUGGGUUACCUCGUCGUGCAAGGCCUCCGGCCGCCGUAUCUUUAUCGGCUCGCGCGCAUGUGCUACGACGGACGCUUUGCGCUGGACCUCUCGGUCUCGAUUCCGCACCUCGCCAAGUACAAGAUGAAGGCGAAGUGGCUCCUAGCAUCCGCGAGCAUUUGUCUCUCGCUUUUGAUUGUGCUGCCGGUCGUGGCCAUGCUCGUCUUCUCUGGUCUAGCGCGCUACUACCCGAUGAGCAACAAUUUCAUUUUGUGGCUCACGUCGCUCUACUUUGUCGUGACCGAGCUCGAAGAGAUGCUCUCGUCCGGUGUUGCCAACUACUGGCAGUCGCGCAUCAACCAGGCCCAGCUUCUCGCCAACGUGGUCAUUCUGAUCGUUUUCGUGCCCAUGAAACUGGGCUUCUUGCCGGCGCCGUGGGCGGUGCAGACGGGCGUCGGCGGCGCCAUCACGAUCGUGCUCUGGAUGCUCUCGCUGCAGUUCCUCGAGGUCGUGCCGGCCGCCGGGUACCUCCUCCCGAUGAUGGCCAAGUUGCUUCAAGACGUGCGGAAUUUUUUCAUUUUCUUCGGCGUCGUUCAAAUGGGCCUCACGAUCACGUACUAUCAACUCUUUCGCAACCAAGACGCCGAGGCGUUCAACACGAUUGGCGAGUCGUUUGUGACGACGUACUUUGUCGCGUUUGGCCAACUGCCGCUCGACUCGCUGAGUGCGUUUGACGCGACGGACCCGUACGACGUCUUUCUCUCGCAGUGCACGCUCGUGCUCAUGAUGUUUCACUCGGCUGUCGUGGUCAUUCUGCUCCUCAACGUCCUUCUCGCGAUGAUGAACCAAACGGUGGACGGCGGCCUCGAAAAGGCCAAGACGGAGGCGCUUGCGAGCUACGCGCAGUGCAUCCUCCGCCUCGAGCAAGCCAUGCGUCUCACGCCCAACGAGACGAGCGACCUCAUCCAUCUCGUCGACGCGGCAUCCAAGAAGCGCGUGCUCAAUCCGAUCUUCUUGGAAGUCGUCUCGCACGCGCACGUCGCGCUGCGACCGGACCACGAAGAGUCGAUUCGCGCCGACAAUAUGCGCAAGGCCGUGUGGAAGCGCGUGGUCGCGCCGUUGGAAGCGGCGAUUCCCACAUACGUCGAGACCUUGGAGAGCCUCUUGCGCCGCGUGCAUCAUUUCAGCACCGAUGGCAGCGUGCUUACGGGUUUCACCCCCGAGCUCCGCGCGAUCGACGACGCCAAAGAGAAGCUGCGUGACCUAUUUGCCAAGGCCAAGAAACACCGCGGCGACGACAUGCCCACGCAGCUUAAAGCGCUCAAGAAGAGCAUCAAGUCGACGAUCCGAACGCUGCGGGUCGCGGUACAGAGUCGGUGGCGGCCGGACGAGCAGAUCGAGCCGCUCGACGCCCACAGUCGCGCAGUCUAUUUCUUCCAGCUCGUGCACGCCAGCAACAUUGAUGUACCGUUGAAAGCCAUGGCCGACAGUGUCGCGGUGGCGCUUGAAGCGGCCGAGGUCCCGGCGCCUCAAAAUGCAGAUGUGACGGAGAAGGAAGACGCGUUGAUGUCGACGCUUCGGUCGUGGAUGCUGGAGGUCCGGCGCGACACCAAGGCCAUGCGAAACGCACUUACCAUGGCGAGCGCGGGCGAGGUUCGGGUCUCCGAGUCGUCGCUGCAGCAGCAAGAACUGAUGGAAAGGCUCUCGGAUGCGCUGGACCAACUCCGCCGCGGCAAAGACGCAAGUAGCCAACGCACCGACUCGUUCCCGGUCGUCGACCCGCGGCACCGCGAGCCAAGCGAGAGCGGCCCGUUCCACGAUCCUCUUUGA